UCUCCGCUCACUUUCUUUCUCCGUCUCUCUGACCCCUGAUGCCUCCUGCUUUCACCAGAAACUCCCGUCAGGACUGACUUUGACCAGUUCUUCGGCGUCAAUGCCGCAGUGUGUUUAUUUAACUUGCUCCGUUAAUUUUGCGUUGCAGAAAUAUGCCAAGUCGGGUCAGCGUUGCGAUUUUGCGGUUCAUCUGUGUUUUCUUUCUGGCUGCGAGCCACGUCAAGAGCUCUGAACGGGACUACCUCUUUCCAGACACAGAACAAGAGCUCUUCAUCAAGCAGCAGUCUGAGUUUUAUGUGGAUCAUCCUGAAAAAGUGGAUGGGAAUGGGAAGUUAAUCUCAUACUCUUUAUCACAUCACUUCAGGCGACAUAAGAGGGACCUGAAUUCAGCAGAGAGGCGAGUGUUUUACAAACUCAACUACAAAGGUCAGGAGUUCACUCUCAAUCUAACCACCAAUGACAAUCUGCUCUCCAACGAAUAUGUGUUGAAGAAACACAACAGGAGUUUAACAGAAAAGCGGUCGCAAACAUCUGGGAAUAUAGCCUGCCACCUUAUUGGCACGGUAAUGGAUGGUAACGAGCAGGGAACCGCCGCCAUCAGCACCUGUGAGGGACUGAGAGGGUUGUUAAAUUUACCGCAGGGGCCGUUAUUGAUCGAGCCGGUCCGUGGCCACACCCCAAACGCCACUCAUCCACGACACCCACAUGUGAUCUACUGGAGUCCAGCCUGGAGUGCAAUCAGGCGGCGACGUAGCACUGAUGCACACAGCAUUCAUCAUAGUCCCUGUGGGGUCAAAGAUGGUUCUGAGUUUUCCCAGCAGGUGGAGCAGGAGAGAGAGCGCUGGGAGCAGGAUCCGCAUCGAGAGUGGGAACGACCUCGGAGGAUCUCCCCUCGCUCCAUCAGCAAAGAGCGUUGGGUGGAGACCAUGGUGGUGGGCGACUCCAAACUUGUGGACUACCACGGAAGUGGAAACGUUGAGUCCUACAUCUUUACCAUCAUGAACAUGGUGGCUGGAAUUUUUCACGAUGCCAGCAUCGGUAAUGCUAUCCAUAUUGUACUGGUCCGGCUCAUUCUGCUACACGGAGAGGAGAAAGGGCUGAAGAUCAUUCACCACGCUGAUACGACUCUCAACAGCUUCUGUACCUGGCAAAAAAAACUAAAUCCUCAAAGUGACACUCAUCCAGCACACCAUGAUGUCGCUAUACUCAUCACACGGAAGAAUAUCUGCGCAGGCAUGAAUCAGCCGUGUGAGACGCUGGGCUUGUCUCACCUGUCAGGCAUGUGUCAGCCGCAUCGCUCCUGUAAUAUCAACGAGGACUCUGGGCUACCUGUCGCUUUCACCAUCGCUCAUGAGCUCGGACACAGUUUUGGAAUCCAUCAUGACGGUCAAGGGAAUGACUGUGAGUUAGUCGGGAGGCAUCCCUUCAUCAUGUCCCGUCAGCUCCACUAUGACUCCUCUCCUCUCACCUGGUCCUCCUGCAGCAAGGAGUACAUCACACGCUUUCUCGAUCGUGGUUGGGGUUUCUGUCUGGAUGACCGGCCAUCUAAGAGGGACCUCAGCUCUCAGCUGGCAGCACCUGGAGUGCGAUACACCCCCCAGCACCAGUGCCAGCUGCAGUACGGACCCAACGCCACCUUCUGCUCAGAAGUGGAAAAUGUGUGUCAGAUUCUGUGGUGCUCUGUAAACGGAUCCUGCCGCUCCAAACUGGACUCGCCGAUAGACGGAACCAGGUGUGGACCUGAGAAGUGGUGUAUCUCUGGUGAGUGUGUGAUUGUAGGGAAGUUACCGGAAACAGUGCAUGGAGGUUGGGGUCCCUGGAGCACCUGGUCUCACUGCUCUCGUACCUGUGGAGCCGGCGUCCAGUCAGCGGACAGGGAAUGCAACCAACCCAAACCUGAGUUUGGAGGCAAAUAUUGUACAGGCGAGCGGAAGCGCUACAGAAUUUGCAACACGAAGCCGUGUGCCAGAAAACAUCCCUCCUUUAGAGAGAUGCAGUGCAGUGAAUUUAACACUGUGCCUUACCACAAUGAACUCUACGAGUGGAUGCCUGUUGCAAGCUCGUCUCAUCAUAAGUUUUACUACGAUCGGACCGGUAAUAUGGAGAAUCUCACCUCAGCAGGACCAACAACUGAACCGGUCAUGAUCCAGCUGUUGUUCCAAGAGGCAAACCCCGGUGUCAAAUAUGAGUACACCAUUAAGAGGAGUCGCCCACUGGGGAACGAAAUUCUGGAACCAGAGCACAUCUGGAAAUAUGGAGCCUGGACUGAUUGCAGCACCACCUGUGGGUUUGGUGAGCAGCAUCAGCCCGUGCGCUGUUUUGAGGCAGAAGUUGGUGUGGUCGAGGAAACACUGUGUGACCCCAGCACACGUCCUGAUGACAGGCAUCGCAAGUGCAAGAACAUGGACUGCCCUGCAAGGUGGUGGGUGGGAGGAUGGCAGACAUGCUCGGCUACAUGUGGUCCAAACGGAGUGAAAAAGCGCACUAUUCUGUGUGUGCGGACUGUGGCCGGAGAGGAGCGGGUUCUUCACCCUGGGGACUGUAAGCAGCUGCUCAAACCCAAACCUGUGGUACCUUGCAACCGAGACGUACCAUGUGGGUCCGAAUGGACUGUGGGGAACUGGAGCGAGUGCUCUCUGUCCUGCGAUGGAGGGAUAAAGUCAAGAGUCGUCAAGUGUGUGGCAAAACAACCCGGCCGGUGCAACCUGCGGCCAGAACCUGCCCGACGAUGUAUCCUGCGACCCUGUGCCACCUGGAAGAGUGGUAACUGGUCCAAGUGUCCUGAAGGCUGUGUGACUGAUACGAAGCAUCGAGAAGUGCAGUGCUUCGACACUCAGAGCAGACGUCCAUUGAGGCCUUUUCACUGUCAGGCUCUUUCAUACAAACCAAACAGCAGUUUGCCCUGCAACACCCAGCCCUGCCUGCAGUGGAUGUUCUCACCCUGGGGAGAGUGCUCUGAAAGCUGUGGCCGCGGAGUGAAGGAAAGACGUGUGUACUGCCCUGAGUACCAGCGCUGCAACGUCACGCUCAAACCCAACAGCACUGAGUCCUGCAAUCUGCAGCCCUGCACCAGCUGGGCGACUGAAGCCUGGGGUCAGUGCUCCAGAAGCUGUGGUGGAGGCGUUCAGAAGCGAGCGGUGAGGUGCAUAAGUGAGGAAUCCGGCGAGGAAGAAAAGACAUCACUCUGUGCAAAAAACAAUAAACCUGACAGUGUGCAGAACUGCAGCCCAGAGGAGUGUAAAACUGAUUUAGGCCUAGUUUGUAAGAAAAACAGCAUGUCGACACGUUUCUGUGAGAAACUCAAGCUGCUGGGUCGCUGCUCGCUGCGCUCGAUCCGCAAGCAGUGUUGUGUCACUUGUCUGAUGUAA